CAUGCAUGGGUGCACAACCCUAUCACUGCAUGUCUAAACAAAUGUCAAUCAUCUUUCUUGCGGAGGUAAGCAGAUCCUACAUGUGCACAAAAGUGGUAAUUACAUGAACUAACAAAUCCUAGAAUAGAUGAAACCGUUUCAAGGUCUUGCCUGUUUCUGGGCCACACCAAAACUUUUUCCCAACUGCCACGCGCCCUGGCUUCUAGUGGCUAUUUAACGUUUUCCACGCGGCGUAGAGUAGCAUUCACAUCUGGUUAUUUGCCUCUUCUCAAUCGACAAUGAAAGUCUCGCUUGCUCUCUUGGUUCUACUCGUCUCUCAAACGAUGCUCUGCUGCAUCGCAGAUCCAGUGAUUUCUCAAGAUCUGAUUGCCGAUCCGAAUAGUGACGGUCUGGCUCCGGUAAGAAUCAGCCUGCUGUACGCGAAAUGGAACACAAUGCUGGUGGACAUGCCUGUUGCCUCGCGCAGCUACACCGGAGUAGCCAACUUCCACUACCAAGGAGCUAUUGCAACCGACAACACGUUGAUGAUCCCAUUUACAACUGUGUACCCGAGAGCGCCCGUUUGCACGUUCACGCAAGAAGGAGGAGCCAUACUGCUUAGCAAGAUCGAGUCUUCCCAUGACGGGGUGUUCAUCCAUCUGUACGACGCGUACGUCAGCACUACUAUGCAGAACUGGAACGAUGUUUCCGGUCUGAGAUUCAAUGUCGUCUGCAUCGGGGCGGGAUCUCUGCAAACUCAGACGGGAUCUUAACCUGCGGACGGAAAGUGAGCCGUACACGGCAGCAGGCUAACGAUUGCAUGUGUCUAAACAUUGGAAAGCUAAUGUGUGCACCGCAUUUAGGAUCUGUAAUACAUGUAGCUAUAGGCUGCUAGCUGAGCAAUAGGUGUAGUGCUAGGUCUUUGGCUGUAACGUUAGUCGGUGGGCUUAGAAUGUAUUUGAUUGAAGUGCAGAGUGACUG